AUGUUCACCUUAGAAGAUAUUCAAGAUGCUGAAGAAUUUCUCGACGUUCAGAUUAAGGUUGUUUCUGCGGCACAUUUCAACACGGUGAUUCAUUCUGGAAAAGAAAGGGACACUACGAUAUAUCUGUACCACCACAACAAUCACUAUGACGCGAUCAACAACAUGAAAGCCUUUUUUGGAAGCUCCUACUACUGCCAGAAGUGUGACAAGCCUUAUAAUAACAAGGACCAGCACAAGUGCAAAAAGGACAAGAAAGAAGUGUGUAAUUUGUGCAAAGGACCACAACACAAGAAAAUUACAGAAUCAACAAAUAUUCCAGAACUCUCAGAUAUAAAGAAUGCAUUAAUACUAUUUCAAAAAAAGUUUAAUUUGAAACCUACUGGUGAAAUAAGUGAUGAAACUUUAGAACUGAUAAACAAACCUAGGUGUGGUGUUGAAGAUCAUGCACUAUCUUUUACUUCCCAUAUUGAUAAAUGGAAUAAGAAAAAUAUAAAAUGGUACUACACAGGUUCAUCAAAAAGAAUGAAGGAAUUAACUGAAAUUGCUUUUAAUACCUGGAAAGAACAUACAGAUUUGAUUUUUGAAGAAGAUCAAUCGAAUUGCGACAUUAUUAUUUCAAAUAAAAGACGUACACACAGAAAAGAAACUAGUGGCCAACAUUUUUGCUCGAAAUCAUUUGAUGGUAAAGGAGGUGUGUUAGGUCAUGCAUUUUAUCCAGAUAUUAAUAAUAACGCUGUAGAAAUUCAUAUGGAUCAGGAUGAAGAUUGGUAUUUUGAGAUUGACGUAAACACUCCAAAAGAAAAGAUAAACUUCUAUGCAGUUUUAGUUCAUGAAAUUGGUCACACAUUAGGCCUUGCACAUUCAACUGCGAAUACUUCAAUUAUGUAUCCAAUCUACAAUAGUUCAAAUAUUGAAUUAAGUAAAGAUGAUAUUCUUGGAAUACAAAGUUUGUACGGGAAAGGUGGUGAAGGGAAUGAUGAAGAUGAAUCUAAUGAUGAUGAUGAAGUAGAAGAAGAUUCAAAUCCUCCAGAACUAUGUAAACUGAAUAAGAAAAUAAAGAACUUGUUAAUUGUUGAUAAGGUUCUGUAUAUUUAUUAUGAAAAAUGGGUUUGGGUAAUGGAUUUGGAUAAUUUAAAUGUGCACACUAAACCACAACUCAUAAGUGAUUGGUUAACAUUUCUUCCAAAAGGCUUUAAAAAUAUUACUGCAGCAUAUCAAAGACCAUCUGGAGAUGUUGUUUUAUUCAUUGAUAACAAACUAUGCUUCAAGUCACGUAGAUUGAAUCUUAAGCUGGUGACGCCAGAGGGAUGA